CGAUAGUGCUCUGCAGCAAGCUGACUCGGAUAUUGAAGGAUGGUCUUAGCGGCAACUCACAAACUGUUAUGAUUGCUACCAUUUCACCUGCUGAUGAUCAGUAUCAUCAUACAGUCAAUACCCUGAAAUAUGCUGACCGCGCCAAGGAAAUCAAGACACAUGUACAUAAAAAUAUUGGGAUUAUCGACACUCACGUCGCAGAUUACCAAAAAAUGAUAGACAGUCUCCAGGUGGAAGUUUGUCGUUUAAGAAAAGAACUGGCUGAGAAGGAGUCUCUAAAUGUAAAACCUGUUGAGAUAACUUCAAAUGAUGAGAUUUCUUGGCUGAAUGCUCUAAGCCAGGAAACUAGUGAAAAUGUCCAGGAACGCAUAAAUCUACAGAAGGCAUUGUUUGAGCUUGAGGAAACAAACCUUCGAAACCGCACUGAACUGCAACAUCUAGAUGAUGCCAUCACAAAAAAUAAGGUUCGUGAUCUCGCAUAUCUCAAUACUAGUUAGAUUUUAGGGAUAAUAACAUAUAGCACUUGGAACGUUGUUAUUUCCAUUUCCAAAACUUGCACCAAGUGAUAUUUUUAAACAACCCAACCAAUGUAUUUAAGCAUGCCACGAUCAAACCAUCAGGAAUUUGAUAAAAAUGAAAAUAUGUGUUGAGGUUUUGUUGUGAAUUUUGAUAUUUGAGUACGAAUUUGAAAAUAGAUGAAAUAGAGUGCUAGUCUUGUAAAUAGCAAUGU